AUGUCUAUGGGUGAACCCUCCCAAACAUCUGACCUAAGACGAGAUAAUGAGUCUAACAAAUCUUCAAGUAUCGAUGUCGAAACUUUGAGUCUAGAAGCUGAAUCCUUCAUAUUCUUUAAAUCGAAAAGAUCUGAUUCAACUGAUAAGGAAAGGAAAUUGGAAGAAAAUUUUUUGGAAUAUUACGAAUGUUUGAUUCCCAGUAAUUCCGAAUUAUCAAUUCCAAAAAUCUCUCUAACGACGGCUAGAAUUGAUUUACAUGAAAUUAAAACACAAGAGCCAGAAAAAGCAAAGUAUUUAGUCUUAACGAAAAUCAAAGAAUCUCUAUAUAUUAAUAAUUCAUCAUUAUUCAUUAUCACUAGUAAAGGUUUAGAAAUUGAAAAUAGAGGAUGGACAGGAAAAAAAUUUAAUGAAUUUCCUCAAUGGAUGCAAAAUGAUUCUAUUAAGGAUUUAAUAGUUGAAAACCCGGUAAAAGGACUCGAAACUUAUAGAGUACUAAUAAAAAAUAUUAAAAAUACGGAUAAUGAAGGUAAUAUUUAUAAAAAUAUUAACUUGAAGGAAUUGGAAGAAAUAGCUGAGAAAGAAGAUGGGUUUAACUACAAAAUGUUAUUAGCUGGAUAUUAUAUAAUGGGCACUAAUGAUUUGAAAACUGCAAAUUUGCACCCCGCUGAGGAGAUGUAUAAAAAUGCUACAGAGUGGUAUCAAAAGGCCAAAAAAUUAUUUAAUGAAGUGAUUAAAGCAAAUUCAGUAUCAGAAAAGACAAACUCAAGUAAAGAAACCACAUCGGAAGAAUUGGCUAGAAUAGCAAUGAGAAAUAUAGCAAUAUUAUAUCAUAAUAGCUAUGUUAUUAAACCCUUUGAAUGGAAAAAUAUUAUCAAGAAUAGUCAAUCUGCAUAUAAUCUUGGAUUACUUUACAAAGAUAAGGAUGGAAUUAAAGCGGAAAAAUGGUUUGAAAAAGCAGUUGAAUUUGAUGGGAAUAAUUUAUAUGCGAAAGCUAAAUUUGGAAGAAUAUUAAUAGAUAAAAAAGAUGUUGAUGAAGAUAAGAUGAUGAAGGGAAUUACAAUGUUAAAAGAAGCAGCAAAUAGCGGGUUAGCUGUAGGUCAAACAUUACUUGGUAAAUUUUAUGAAAAUGAAGGAAAUUAUAAAGAGGCUGUUAAAUUUUAUUAUGAGGCUGCCAAGCAAAUUCGCGGAUAUUAUAGCCAUGUUGCACAAUAUUGUCUAAACAAAUUGGAUGCUGAAAACCAUGUUCAUAAAGAUGAAAAUAUUGCAGAUAUUAAAAAGUUGUAUAAAAAAGAAUUAAAAUAUUACUAUCAUGAUAAUGAGGCUAUUCUUGAAAAUGUUAAAUAG